UUAUGAACCGAUGUGUUUGUAAACAAAUUGGAAGAAAGUUGUAAUGAAAGAAUCAGGCUGUGAUUGUUGAAUUAUUGAAGUUUUAAGAUAUAAUGGCAUCAGAUGUUGCACAAACGGAUUCAAAUAUGUUACAAAGCACAAACAGAAUUAGCGAAAUUAGUGCGCUACUACCAGCUGUAUGUCGUACGUGUCUGUUAGCUGAGAAUGAUGUUGAAGGAGAAUUAUACAGUAUGGAUCAAAUUUUUCUCGAGGAGGAUUCACUCACAAGCCAAGUGCAAUCUUUCGAAAAUAUAAUUUGUUUGUUCAUUGACGAUGAGAUGGAGAAGACGAAUGAUCGUUUACCUCGGAGCAUAUGCAUGCCGUGUGUAGAAAAAGCUCGCUCUGCAUUUCACUUCAUAGAAAUGUGUCGUCAAACGGAUAACGUUCUGAAAGAAUGUUUGCUGGAGCCUAUAUCUAUUAUCAGUUCUAAUUUUGCUCAAUCCGUAAUCCCCGAAGAAACGAUUGAAAACGAUGAGGAAAUAUUGGGUGAAUAUGUCACUGAGAUAAAACACAUUGCAACAGAAUAUUUAGAUGAGGAUGAGUUAGAACGAAAAAGCUUUCAAUGGCAGACUACAGCAAAGGAUAACCCAAUUGAACAGCUUGAUAACAUUCCUGUUAAUAAGGAACCUCAUGAGAAAACCAGAGUGUAUAAAAACGUAUCGGCCAAACGACACUUGUGCGAAAUAUGUCUCAAAACCUUUACCCAGCCACAAACACUGAACCGCCAUAAGAAAAUUCAUACAAAAGACAGUCAACCAGGAAAAUCGUGUAAUUAUUGCGAUCGUGUAUUCCUUCGAUCAGACGAUCUACGCCGUCAUAUUAGAACUCAUACAAACGAACGACCGUACGUCUGUGAUCAAUGUCCCAGGGCGUACAAACAAUCGGCCGAACUGAAAGAGCACAAAGAAUCCGUUCACCCAAUAACGGGAAUUCGCAAAAUGUUAGAAUGCACAAUUUGUGAUAAGAAACUUACCACUAGGAAUGGAUUGUAUGUCCACAUGAAGGCACAUCGGGGAGAGAAGAAUCAUUCGUGCAGCUACUGUUCGAAACGGUUCGUAACGUCUGGAGAGUUAACUUCUCACCUUAGGCAUAUCCACACCGAACAAAUCAAUGCCGAAAUUAUAGUUUGUGGCCAGAAAGGUUGCGCGAAAAAAUUCGUUACUAAUGCUGCAUGGAGGCACCAUCAGAUCAAAAAACAUAAGGUACAUGCUGAGGAUAUCGAAGUGCAUAAGAGUAGGAAGUAAGGGUGCAGCUCUUCCUAAUACCUAAAAAAAUAAAAUAACUUGUACAAGGAUUGUGAGUGUAAUUGUUAGAUUUAUGAUUUCAUUUCUAUAUUUUUACUCAACGAUAAGGUUAUUUCUUUGAAAAUGAAUCGUGAACCGUCAGUAAAAGUAUUGUCGAUCAUUUGGUAAUGAGAGUCAUUCACAUAUAAAAAGUGUGCGAAAAGUUUGUAGAUCAUGUAAAAUAGAAAUUAUUUUGAAUUCUUCAAUA